UCGGAAGCGCGUCCAUCAUCAACACACAUGUGAGUCCUCCAAACUGCUGUCCUGUACACAAACGAGCAGCACACCGGCUGUGAUAUUUGUGUUUAUCGCUCUGAUGUGCGUGGAUUAUGCUCGCGCGUCUCUCUGCACUCAGAGCGCUGGGAGUGUGUGAAGAGCCUGCGCUGCAGGGAUCCGUCAGACUGAUGCAGACUCAGUCCUCCAGGAAGAGCAGACCUGUCAGAGACCACCUGCGCCACGUGAAGCUGAAGGAGAGCCGCAGGCAGGGCGAGCUGCACGGGCCCUCCACCGUCUACGUGCAGGCGCUGGGCGCCGGGAGCCGAGACAACGGAGCAUCGCUGUAUGUCUUCUCCGAGUAUAACAGGUAUCUGUUUAACUGUGGUGAAGGAACACAGAGACUGAUGCAGGAACACAAAUUAAAAAUUGCACGCUUGGACAACAUCUUCCUCACCAGGAUGAGCUGGGAGACGGUCGGCGGUUUAUCAGGCAUGAUCCUGACCCUCAAAGACACUGGAGUCCCUCAGUGUGUCCUGUCAGGACCCCCGCAGCUGGAUAAAUAUUUACAAGCCAUACGAGUGUUUUCAGGACAGCUGGAAGACAUUAAACUUGCUGUCAGACCGUAUACAGAAGCUCAAUAUAAAGACGACACGAUGACCGUCAGUCAAGUACCUCUCUUCUCUGAGCGUAAGGCGGAGGCCGGCGGCUGUUCUCCAGGCUCUGGACGCAGCAGCAGUCCUAACAGCCGUCAGAAGAGGGCGCUCACGACACGGGACGAUCUGGAGGAGAGUCAGGAAGGCAGAGAAAAGAUUACUAGAGAUUCUUCUCUCGCGGUGGCUUACGUGUGUAAGUUGCACUCAAAGAAAGGGAACUUCAUGGCACUGAAAGCUAAAGAGAUGGGCCUGCCGGUAGGAACAGCAGCCAUCGGGCCCAUCAUCGAAGCUCUGAAAGCUGGAAAAACUGUGACGCACGAUGGAAAAGAGAUCCGACCCGAGGAGCUGUGCACUCCGGCUGAUCCCGGGCCUGUGUUCAUAGUCGUCGACUGUCCGUCAGAGGACUUCAUACGGCCGCUCUGCACCAAUCACGUCUUCCGAAGGUAUCAGACGGGCGGAGCGGAGGAUUGUGCGGCUCUCGUGGUUCACAUGACGCCGGAGUCAGUGCUGGACACGGACGAGUACAAGAGCUGGAUGGAGAGGUUUCCCAGCAGCACUGAGCAUCUGGUGAUGAACGAGCAGACGUUCACGCCGCACAACACCCGCAGUCACAAACUCCAGACGCAGCUCAACCUCAUCCAUCCUGAGAUCUUCCCUCCGCUCAAACUCUACAAGACCAGAGAGCCUCCGGCUUCUCUCCGUGUUCCUAACGUCAGAGCCGAGUGUCUGAUGAAGUUUCAGCUUCGGCCCAGACUGGAGUGGCAAAGAGAUGCCAUCCCGUCCUGCGACUAUGAGGAGUUUGUGAAGGAAGCAGCCGAAGUGCCAAAGUUUUUAGAGGAAGUGGAGGAAUGCAGGAAGUUCCAGGCGGCUGCGUCCGUCUCCUCGUCUGGUGAGAAGUUUCCUGAGAUUGUGUUUUUGGGCACCGGCUCGUCUCUGCCGAUGAAGAUCAGAAACGUCAGUGGAACUUUAGUGAACAUCAGCUCAUCUCAGUCGCUGCUGCUGGAUUGUGGCGAGGGAACGUUUGGUCAGUUGUGUCGUCAUUACGGCGAUGACGUGGACGAGAUCCUCUCCAGACUCUCUACUGUCUUUGUGUCACACCUCCACGCAGAUCAUCACACGGGUUUGAUUCAGUUAUUAUUGGAGCGAGAGCGAGCUCUGAACAGUCUAGGUAAAGCGUUGAGUCCCGUGUACCUGAUCGCUCCUGUGCAGAUCAUGACGUGGUUGAACCAGUAUCACGAUCACUGCCAGCAGAUCCUCAGCCACAUCAAUAUUAUCCCAUCAAAGUUUCUGUGUGAUGGCGCAGAGAUCCCCAAAGUCAAGACCAGAUCUUUAAUUCAGGCUGUUCUGAAGAAGAAUGACCUGGUCAAGUUUCAGACGUGUUAUGUUCGUCACUGUAAGAACGCGUUCGCCUGCAGCUUGACGCAUCAGUCUGGAUGGCAGCUCGUGUUCUCUGGAGACACCAUGCCCUGCGAUGCUGUCGUUAAUAUGGGCAAGAAUGCAACACUUUUGAUUCAUGAAGCCACACUGGAGGACGGGAUGGAAGAAGAAGCAUGUGAGAAGAGACACAGCACCACGUCUCAGGCUAUCGGCGUUGGGAUGAAGAUGAACGCGGAGUUCAUCGUGUUGAACCACUUCAGUCAGAGGUACGCCAAGAUCCCUCUCUUCAGUGACGACUUCAACGGCAAAGUGGGGAUCUCCUUCGACCACAUGAGGAUCCGAUUUGGAGAUUUCCAGAUGCUUCCACGGCUCAUUCGGCCUCUGAAGGCAUUGUUUGCAGAGGAGAUUGAAGAGAUGGAGGAGAGGAGAGAAAGGAGAGAGAUGAAGAAGACCGCUGAGCCUCCAUCUAAUGGAGAGUCUGGAACGAGCCGACAACCUGAUGAGACGAGCAAAGGUGCCAAGAGAGAGCAAGAUGACCUCAACCAGGAAGCAGUCAUCAAACGACUUAAGACGAACUGAUGGGGAACCAAUCAGGGUGAAGGUUAGACCAGCCCAACCAAUCAGAAGGCAGGCUUGGGAAAAACUGAAACAAUAUGAUCUUAAAAUGUACAUCACAAAGUUCAUGUUGGGUAGAAGUCUGCAGAGUCUAACUGGAAAGGAUGAGAUUAAAGCAGCUGGAGAUAAAUCUGAGAUUCAAGCCAAAUCUGAAAUACAGCAUAUUGGUUCCUGGCUGGGAUCAGAUCUGGAGUCAGUCCCGCUGCGAUCGAUUUGAUUAAAGCUGCAGGUUUGACUGAAGUGAUAGUGGGAAAGUACACUACCUUAAACCUUUGAACGUUUGCUAUGUUAAGUUUGGCCCUCCAGCCUCUUUAAACCUGAAACAGAAACAUUUCAGAACUGAAGGAAGAUGUUAGGUUUGGAAUUUUUAUUUGGGACUGACGCAGCUUUUCAGUUUAGUUUGAAUCAAGUAGUUUUUUGGGGUUAUUUUUGUGAGUAAACUGAGUGCAGUGGUGUGAAAAGUGCUAGAUUUCUGAAUGAAAUAUUUAAUUCUAUUUUGUUUUAUGAAAUGGCUGAUCAAAUUAGGCUUUUCUAAUUAUUUUAAGGAAAUAAACAAACAUGGAUAA